UAUGUUAAGAUAAGAAAGUACCGAUCUUAUUACCAAAAAGCAAGGCCAUCAUUGGUCCAACUGAUAAUAAUCUGUCAUAGCAUUUAAGCCACCAGUACCUUGAGGGUCACUAGUCAGUUUCCAUCGACAAGUAAAGGUCACCUCAUUCAUCUGACAUUAGGACUUAUCUACAUCCACACGAACAAUGGAAUUCUUGAACCACAAAUGGAAGCUCUGGUACAAAUCACUGGAUGUGAAUCAUGAUGGAAAAAUUUCAUUUGCAGAUGUCGAGGAAUCCCGCAGUAAAUUUGCCGAACUACAUAAACUUCUUGGCGACAAAGCAAAGGGGGUAAAAAUUGACAUGGAAGGAUGGUGGAUCAAAUACAUCUUGCAGUCUAAGGAUGGAGAAAUAUCUUUGGAUCAAUUCUUGCAGCGAUGUGGGUCAGAAUACCAAGCAGAUAAAGCAAAAUACACUGCAAAGAUGACCGAAUGUUUCAAUGUCCUGUUUGACGUCAUAGACACAAAUAAAGACAGAUCGAUUGAACUCAGUGAAUAUAUCAUUGCUUUCCAAGCAUUUGGCCAUGAAAAUGAGAACUUGGUACGAAAAAGCUUUGAAUUGCUGAAUCCCAAAGAUGGACUGAUACCGCUGAAAGACAUAGUUAAUUCUUGGAUUCAGUUCACAACAUCUGAUGAUCCACACAAGAAAGAUGUCGUCAAGGAGUCAUUUGAGGAAGGAGUGUAAAAUUUUUGGGCGUAUAAUAUGGUGACCCAAUACCCAGGUUUUCCUACCUAGAACAACUUAAGUGACCAUGUAGAGAAAGAACACGAUCGAGUUAGCUGUAAAACCAAGAAUGCCACCACGACAAAAGUACCGGUACUUUCUAAAGUUUGUUUUAGGCAAAGUUCGAAAAAAGAAAGAAAAGGAAUUGUGACGUCACAGACAUCAGGAUUUUAUCCCCCGUCAUUGAGUUGUCCUAUGAAAUAUCCAAUAAAUCCAUUGUCAAACACG